GCCACACCUGCCACAGUACUACUACGUACAGCAUGCUUUCAUCGUCUACCCAACUCAUGGUGCCACCGCCACCGCACAACAGCAUGGACGAAGCUACACUCAUGCACAGCAUGCGGUCGCAACUCCACCAUCAUCAUCACAUCAUCCACAACGACCUACCACCCACCGCGAUUCCCUUGCCCGACCAAGUGCACAACCAAUGGCGACUGCUUCAAACAAUUAAACGGCAUAACGAAAUCCUGCGUGCCCUCGUGCAACAAGUCGACAUAUCAACGAACAUGUUUUCAUAUCCGAUCCAGGACCCCCAGCCCACAGACAUGCAAACAACCAAGGACUUUCUCGCGUGGUAUUUUUCAGACGACAACGCCACCAUGUCGUGCUAACACCACGUGUUGUUUGCCUUCGUAAUGUAGUAACGUUAACGUUAUAUCGUCCCUUG